CAGGUCACAACCACACAAGAGAGAGACCCGGCCAGCCAGUCGUCUCGCACGGCCGCCAUAUAUUCGCCAUGCAGAGCUCAGUUUCUCCCAAGCUUCUUCUCCUGGCGCUCCCUCUCCUGCUGAUUUUUGGUCCGGUGCUCCAACUCCAAGCACGAGAGCUCGGUGGUUCGACACAACAAGCGCGGCACGUCGGCGGCGGCUUGCCAUCGGUGUUAGUGUUACCAAGCGGCGGCGGCGGCGGCGACGACGACGACGGUGCGGCCGUCGUCCCUCCGAAGCUCAACGCGCUGCCAGGCGUGAGCAGGCCGGGAGGGCUCGCGCCGCCGGCGCCGGCAAGAGCCAUCGCAGGACGUCGACUCAUCUCCCGGUGUGACCGGGAACCAGAAGGUGGCGCCGCCGUCUCCCGCGGGGAACACGCCGCCUCACUACCGCCGCUUGGGUCCGGCGGCGGACUUGUUCCGGGACGGCCUCGCUCGUGUUAUGUGGUUGUUGCUACCUGAACUGCUGCACAGACAUCACAUGAGUAGAAUCCUGCUUGCAUAGCUGCAUGCAGUUGCAGGCGCGCGGUGGCCGGUGUGCCAGCAGAGCGAGCUCGGCACGUGCGUGCGCGGCAGGAGUUUGUAUUAGGGCUUGUUUUGGCACGGCGCCGCCGCCACUGCUCCGGCUUGGACAGUAUGUAUGGCGCACUGCAGUGUUUUUGAUAAGUUGGCUCCGGGCUACACAACACAUGUGCCGGUGCCAAACGAGCCCCUUGCGUAUAGCGAAUAUCAUGUUGCAAGUGUUGUCUUGUUUAAA